CCCGGGGUUUCUUUUCUUCAUCGCAUAUUCAUUACAAUAAUUCAACACGAUGUCACCAACCCAGAAGACAGACAAUACGACCGGCGUGAAGCCAACGGUAGCUAACAAAGCUUCUACCAGCAAUCCCCGUGAGGUAAAAAAUAUAUCUGCUAGCAAAGCGCCAGAAAACCCCGUAAAUUCCGAGGCUGAGGAAAUUGUUGCCGAAAGAGAUAUCCUUACUGGAAGGAUAUUAGCAGAGGAUGGCGAGUCUUGUCUGAGGUGUAUAGACAAGGGGCUUAAGUGUACCCUCAUCUUCCUAGGAUUUGAAAAUGAAGCCAAAUGCGCUGCUUGCAGAAGAUCUGGCUCUCAAUAUUGCAUUCGACAGCGUCGGCCUCAGGAUUGUUAUAUGUUCUAUGGACACCCUUGGAACAGUCCAAACUAUUUCGCUGUUGGAAGAGGUCCCAACUCGAGAGAAAUGGAAGAAAUCCUCGAGGAGCACUUCCUUGGCAAGAUAAUAGACUCGAUAGGUGCAUAUACGUAUAUAUACAUCUAUGGCCGGAAGCAGCAUAGUAUGACUCUUCCCCCUUUCAACGGCAGUGACCUGCCAGCGGCUAUCCGACCGGAGGAUUUUAAAUCCAAGACCUGGAAGGACGUGUUACCGAUCUCGAUGAACAAGAGCGCUCACCGUCGAUUAGAAGACAACAUUGCAGAUGAAGGUAAAUCAGCGGAACAGAAAGCGGAGGAACAGGAAAGUGUGUUGGAAGCUUUAAUGGCCCCUCUGUUAAUGUUCAACUCUCCUGAAUUCGUUCCUCGCAAAGUUAAGGAAGAACGACGUCUUCGAUACUAUCCAAUCAGAGCCAUGCAUUUGUCGGAAUAUCUUGCUAAUGGUGGGGAGAUGUCGGAUGUUCAAAAAGCUGCAAUGGAAUAAAAGGAUCAUAGAAGUACCGUGGACUAUAAAAGGCUAACUGGUGUUAUAGUUGGUAGUGUGGCCAAAUGGGCUAUCUAAUUUAUAGAAAAGUUUUUUGCCAUAUUGUUCUAGUACUAGAUAAGAUAUGUUUUAAUAAAUCACAUUAAUUAA